CAACCAGCCGCCUGCGGAGGCCAGCGGAGGCGGGGCGCGCGCCCGGGCUGCCUGCGAGCUCCCGCAGUCAGACUUCAGUGUCACAGUAGGAGUGAGGGGUGGUGGUUCCAAACCGCGCUGACUACAACUGUGAGCUCUCCAGGCUGCAGCUCCCGAAAGGUGACUAAAACCUCCCAUAAUGUCCAGUCUGGCGGUGAACGGGGUGUCGUGUCGGGGGAAGGUGCUCACCCUCGACAGCAUGAACCCCAAUGUGCGGCGGGUGGAGUACGCAGUCCGUGGCCCCAUUGUCCAACGGGCGGUGCAGAUAGAGAAGGAGCUCAGAGAGGGGGUGAAGAAGCCAUUCACGGAAGUCAUCAAGGCUAACAUAGGAGACGCACACGCUAUGGGUCAGCAACCAAUCACCUUUUUCCGACAGGUUCUGGCUCUUUGUUCCUAUCCUGACCUCCUGGAAGACAACAAGUUUCCAGAAGACGCCAAGAAGCGAGCGCGGCGAAUCCUGGACGCCUGCGGAGGCCACAGCAUAGGGGCCUACAGUGCCAGCCAGGGGAUUGAAUGCAUCCGUCAGGAUGUGGCACGCUACAUAGAGAAGAGGGACGGGGGCAUCCCCUCCAACCCCGACAACAUCUACCUCUCCACGGGGGCCAGUGAUGCCAUUGUGACCAUGCUGAAGCUGCUGGUGUGCGGCGAUGGUCGCGAUCGCACAGGAGUAAUGAUCUCCAUCCCUCAGUACCCUCUGUACUCGGCCGCGCUGGCAGAUCUGGGCGCCGUGCAGAUCAAUUACUACCUGGAUGAGGACAAGUGCUGGGGCCUGGAUGUGUCCGAGCUGAGGCGAGCCUUAAAUGCAGCGAAGCAGCACUGCAAACCGCGUGUGCUCUGCAUCAUCAACCCUGGAAACCCCACAGGUCAGGUCCAGAGCAGGGAGUGCAUUGAAGACGUGAUCCGAUUUGCCAAAGAGGAGAACCUCUUCCUCAUGGCUGAUGAAGUCUACCAGGAUAACGUUUAUGCAAAGGGUUGUAAGUUUCACUCUUUUAAGAAGGUUCUGUUUGAGAUGGGUCCAGAGUACUCCGAUUCAUUAGAGAUGGCCUCCUUUCACUCCACCUCCAAGUGCUAUAUGGGAGAGUGUGGAUUCCGUGGAGGAUACAUGGAGGUGCUCAACAUGGAUCCAGAAGUGAAGGCUCAGCUCACCAAGCUGGUGUCAGUGCGUCUGUGCCCCCCCGUCUCAGGACAGGCUAUGCUGGACCUGGUGGUGAACCCCCCACUGCCCGACGAGCCGUCCUACGCCUCAUACCAAAAGGAGCGGACAGCUGUUUUAGCCGCCUUAGCCGAGAAGGCCCGUUUAACGGAGGAGAUGUUCAACACUGUCCCUGGCAUCACCUGCAACCCUGUUCAAGGAGCCAUGUACACUUUUCCCCGCAUCACCCUGCCUCAAAAGGCCAUCGUCAAGGCUCAGGAGGAGGGCGUGGUUCCAGACAUGUUUUACUGCAUGAAGCUACUGGAGGAAGAGGGAAUCUGCUUAGUGCCAGGAAGCGGCUUCGGCCAGAAGGAAGGAACUUUUCACUUUAGGAUGACCAUUUUGCCUCCGACUGAAAAACUGAAGGUGGUGCUGCAGAAAAUCCGGGACUUCCACUUACGGUUCACGCAGGAGUUUUCCUAACAAGCUCCUUCGAUGUGUGAACAACGCUCUCCAGCGAUCACUCAACUCACCAAAGACCGCAUCUUAACAGUGCAAUAUUUCCCCUCUUUUCUUUAAAUCAGUACAAAAUACUUAACCAGUUUUUGUUAGAAAGUAAAAAUAUGAUCUCCUGUUCAUAUGUAUAGAUGUAAUACAAAUUUGAUAAGCUGUUAACAGACCUGAUUCUACAAAAUGCAUCAACAUGCUGAAUAAUUUGUAGUUUUAAGAGGUGCAAAACUUUGCAAAGUACUUAAAUAGUCCAGGUCUUAAAUGUGCAUAAAAAUACUAAUUUUUAAACUUUUCUUAAAUGUGAUUGUAUGAAAUGUGUGCAUUUCAAGCACUUAUAAAUAAAUAUGGAUUUCAGUAGUAA